AUGGAUCCCUUGUCCAUUACUGCAUCGAUUGUCACUUUCAUAGACAUCGCGAAACGGAUCAAGUCUUCCGUGGACAAGAUCAGUCAAAACCGUCGAACGCUCAAGGAACUGACAAGCAACAUUGUUCACGAGCUCACGGAACUGCAGAAAUUGUGUCAACGGAGAGAGGGAGUCCUUGAUGGAUCUCAUCUUGAUUAUGAUCUAACCUUAUCACUGGAGGACCUGCAAUCGGAGCUAACAGACGUUCUUGCACGAUGCGUUAAAAUACUGGAGCCGCAUAAACGGACACGCUUUCACACUGUGAAGUCGGGGUUCAUCGCGUGGAUUAAGAAUGCUGAGAUUGAAGCCGACAUAUCUCGCCUCAAAGACCACGUCACAUCCUUUCACAGACGAUUUACUUAUAUCACCUCUAUGCGCAUGGAAAACAGCCUUCUAGUCGUAAACACUGAGAAUAGAGCGAGGAUGAAUCGAAUGGAAGGGCUAGUAUCUCGGCUCCUGAUAGAUUCACAUAUAUCCGGAAUCAGGCCUCCACUGUUCCUAGACCAAGCCUCGCCGGAUGGGAUCGAAUUUCAGUUCCUUCGCCUGCAAAUCCAGAAGAUCGUGGAUAACCUCAGCUUUAUCUCAGCUUCACGUACCUUCGCGGUCGACGACUUCGACGGCAGCUAUACCCGGCCGUUGGAAUUAACCACAUACAUGACACAUACUGGGCCCCAAGCUAGUCUCAUGCGGGUAGCGGUAAUCAAAGUCCUCGAGAUCAUUCAACUACUAGAAUCGAAACCCUCGAGCCUCUCCAUUCCAGACGGCGCCGAGCAGUUGCUGGAUUUAGGUAACUACCUAUGGGACUUGGGCUUGAGUGACGACGCGGCCGCCAUUGAUACCUGGGCUAUCACUAUCUACCGCACCCUCAUGAUGGGAAACAACACUGCAUUUAUGCCUUACGUUGCUUGGGGUUUGCUAAACCUUGCGUCCUUCCGUUCUGGGACGCAGGACGGACUCAACGCAUCCAAAUCUGCCGUUAGCAUGUAUAAAGCUAUGGUCGACACAAUUACGACUUUCGACUACUCAUCACAUCUUCCGCGGGCUAUACGCAACCUUUCCGUCGAACUCAUGAUCAACGGCCUUUACAAGGACUCGGUUGAGUCCGCGAAGGAAGCUCUUGCACUGCAGCGCAAAGUCUCAGAUUCUACACCCCUGUACGACACAUGGAUUCAAUGGGAGGCCUCUGGAGAGGAGAUCGUCGUCUUUUCCUCAGCGCGUCACUUCCAGAGAUCGCAGAAUAUGGCGUUUGAAGAGGGAAUGUGUUUGCAGCAGCUGGCUUGCAGUCUAGCCAUGGUCGGUCGGUACAGCGAAGCCCUCAUCGCCGGCAACGAGGCAUUCAACUGUUAUCAAGCAUUGGUCGCCAAUUACCCUGGUCAUGGUGCAUACGAUGGUCGGCUCAGGGACAUUAGCGAAUCCCGCUCUGGGUGGAUCGUCAUCGUCCGUUCCCCAAGUGACCCCAGUCCUUUCGCUUCUGUCGACGAUACGAGCUCUGAGGACGGCCAGUCGGAGACCACUGACAUAGAAGAAGAAGUUCAGACUUCCGUCCUCACAUCCGAGGACUAA